AUGCACAACAUAGAACUUGUACCGAGUUUGGUCACAAGACAUGAAUGCAUUAUGUUAAAUUUAAUCAAUAUUCGAGCGUUGAUUCAAAAAGAUAAAGUUACAUUAUUCGAUUCUAAUGCCUCAACAAAUCCCAACUCCGUUAAAGUACAUGAAAGUAGGUCCCAACUACAAUUCUUGCGCGAACUUGGUGAUAAACUCAAAUGCAAAAGUGAUUCUGCACACCAGGAAGGCGAAUUGUUUUACGAAUUUCGUGCUUUGGAGGCAAUUUUGAUUCACGUCAUAGCCAACUUGACUACCGAAAUGAAAGUACACAAGACAGUCGUUAGCAAUGUUUUGCUUGGAUUGGAUGAGAGCAUUGAGAGGUACAAGCUUCGAUACUUGCUUAUUCAACUGAAGAAAUUGGCUUCAUUUGAGCAAAAAGUGACAUUGAUUAGAGAUUUAUUGGAUGAUCUAUUAGAAAAAGAUGACGAACUUAAUGCUUUGUAUUUGACUGAUCCACGAACAGGGACAAAUCAUGCCGAGAUUGAGAUGUUAUUAGAGUCAUAUUACAAACAUGCAGAUGAAAUUGUACAAACAGUGGGCAAUUUGAGGUCCCAAAUUAAAACAACAGAGGAAAUCAUAAAUAUUGUGUUGGAUUCCAACAGAAACGAGUUGAUGCUUUUGGGUUUGAAAUUUUCCACAGGACUCUUGUCAAUGGGUAUUGCUCUAUAUUUUGCUGCAUUAUACGGAAUGAACUUGGAGAACUUCAUUGAGGAGUCAGAUGGUGGAUUUGAAUUGAUUGUGGUUGUUGCAACUGUAUCAUUAGUUGUUUUAUUUGCCGGAACGAUUAAACAUUUAAAGAAAGUAGAAAAAGUUACAAUGUCAAACUUCAAAAGACGCUCUUAG